GUAGUUCUUCCUCCAUGUCGGCGGCGGCGCUGGAGGUUUCAGCGAAACCGGUUGUGUGAGUUGGAACUCGGUGUUAAGCUGGUUGGCUGCUUGAGACGGGCUGGUUGGUCGGUUCUAGGGUAGCCAUGGCUCGACUCGCUGCGCUACUGCUGUUACCUGUUCUUAUUGAAUCUGUAUUUUCAAUUUCUUUCUUUUUACCGGUCAACUCAAGAAAGUGCUUACGAGAGGAGAUCCACAAAGACGUCCUCGUCACGGGGGAGUAUGAAAUAAGUGAACAGGCGAACACCAAAACUAAUCUGAAGAUCACAGAUUCCUCGAGCCACACUCUUUACUCCAAGGAAGAUGCAACAAAAGGAAAGUUUGCAUUCACCACAGAGGACUAUGACAUGUUUGAGGUGUGCUUUGAGAGCAAAUCACCCAUGGGGACUGGAAGAGUGCCUGAUCAGCUGGUCAAUCUGGACAUGAAGCAUGGUGUGGAGGCCAAAAACUACGAAGAGAUUGCCAAGGUGGAAAAGCUGAAGCCUCUUGAGGUUGAACUGAGGCGACUGGAGGACCUGUCAGAGUCCAUUGUCAAUGACUUUGCUUACAUGAAGAAGAGGGAGGAAGAAAUGCGGGACACCAAUGAGUCCACCAACACACGUGUGCUGUACUUUAGCAUAUUCUCCAUGUGCUGUCUCAUUGGGCUGGCUACAUGGCAGGUGUUCUACUUGCGACGCUUCUUCAAGGCAAAGAAGCUGAUCGAGUAAAGCGGCCCUUCGCUCUUUACCUGCCAGGAAGCUGCCUGCCAGUCAGCCAACACAUCCCAACAUCCACCCUCUUUGGACUAGCUUCAGCAGCAGCAGCAGCAAGUGGGGUCGAGGGUCUCAAAUUCUAGUUUUCGCAGCUGUAACAGAAAGAGUACCAAGGUUUUCCUCUGAAAAAUGCUUAUUUAGUAGUUUGAAACAUGAAAAGCGCUGUAGGGAGAAAUGCACUUUGAGACAUGGGAGACAUAUGUCACUGCAUUAGUGAGAUAUGUCCAACUCCAUGGUACUUCACGUUUCUGUCUGCACUGUUUCGAAUGUUGCAGCUUACUGAAUAAGAACUUGUCCCUUCAGUCAGUUGAACAGUGAUGUUUGAUUUUGAGCUCAAUUUGAAUGGAUGUGCCAUGAGCGAAUGUCUUUUGCCCUUCCAUUGAUGUACUCCUUAUUUGCUAUGCCAAGCAAACUAUCUCCUUGGUGCCCUUUUAUCAAGUGAAGGCUAUUUCACAAGUGGUUGGUUGUUACUUUGAAGAAAGAAUUGGCAACCACUUAAUUUCUGUGUGAUGUCACUUAAUUCGCAUACAUGUUUGGUAGCUAAAUUUAACUGUGUCUUUAGUUUGUUUUCAUGUUGUAAAUGCUACUUAGUUGCUACUACAGCUAUAUUUUUUGGCGGGGGGAGGGCCUGUGAAUUGUCAAAGUAAUAUUCUUAGUUAUAAAUUAGGUCACUUCUAUGAGCUCUUGCACGUUCUAGUUUUGGUUUUUUGGUACACCUGAAUAUAAGUUUGUCACCAAUCAAAAGUAGCCAGAACUUGCAAACCUUCUUGCAGCGUGUGUACAUGGUUAUGAUUAAUUUAACCGCUUGACUUCUGUAAUACAAUUCUACAUACUUGUGCAAGUUUCUCUUGUCCGAAUGCAGUGGUUGGAGGCUUACAUGGGAAAUGUUAAGUUGGCUAUACCAACAUUUUCUGAAAUUUCUUCAGUCACAGAUUUUUCUUUAGACACUGGUAAAUUUAAUUAUCCUUUUUGUAAUUUUCAAAAUAUCACUCCUCAAUUACAGUAUUUCCAGAUCCAUCCAGCGUGCUUCUCUUCUUCAGAAAUACUUGUGAGGUUUGGGUUACAUGACUUCGUGGGUGGUUGCAAAUAUUCUGAUUGUUUUUGACAGGAAUUAAUUGAGGCAUCUGUCAUGGAUACAUUUUUAACAAUGAACAUGCGCACUGUGCGCAGUCUCUGAUUUUUAUGUUGAAUGAUAAAUUUUGUAAAUUUGUGUUGGGCUUUUAUUCAAUAAAAUAUUGGAUGGAUUUACAUUA